CAGCAACAUCACAUCCCGAAAAAAAAAACAUACUAUCGCUGCAGACCCUCCAAAUGACGAGGCGUGCAAUGGCUGCAUACAAGUGCCUGAAUCAAAAUCUGAGCACUUUCUCAGCGAGAGCGGUUGCCGAAAUAUAUGGAGGAAAAUGAAAAUGAAAACAUAAACACUCCUUCAUGUCGUGCUAUACGCAAAUCUGACGACCGGCAUUGCAUCACUCGUUCUCGAAACGAGCACCACCUUGUCUUGUCCACAAUAAGCUUUUAGCAAACAAGGACAUCGUGGACCUCUUCAAUCUCGAAAUGAUGAUCAUCAUUGACCUCGAGGAUUCUCGGCUCUUUUACUUCCAAUUUUGAUGCCCAUUUCGCAAAGUAGGGCCCUUCUGUGGCAUUUGCGGGGCAGUCGGACGAUGUGGAUAAGCCCAGUUCUAUUAUUGAAAAUAAGGGCCUGUUAACCAAGACGAUCGCCAACGUUGAUUUCCUAAAUUUUGACCCAGAUCGGUUAACACUAGAUAUAGAUCUAGACUAGACUAUCUGGUAUAGGUCCAAGCUCGUCGGGCUUAGUUUACUUAUAUCUUCGAGUUCUAGUGUCCCGUCUCACCUCCCCAGACCUAUUUCCCAGAGACAGCCCUGACAUAGGCAUACAAUCCAACUUGGAGAACAGCCGCUGUGCAAUGCCGAAGUUUUUGGGGAUUAAUCCUCCAGUACCACCCGCAACACUUGUCUCGGUCCCGAGAUCGUGGUACAAGAAGCAGCCCAGUGUCAAAUUGGCAUCACACAAUCACCCCGCGGCUUUUCCGUCCUUGCAUGCCUUAGUCUCUGGGAGCUCAGAGGCUGAGAGGGUUGGCUAAUUAACAUAGGCCCCUGACCCUGCCCGCAUGGACUCGAGUUAGCGGCACACUAGGGCUGGCACCGCUCUGACCCCUUGAGGCCACCCAGACACGCCGCGUUUAACCCCGAUUCCUAAAAGGGGAAGACCAGCUCGUGCACCAUCUUCGAUGAAUCUACCGAUCAGAGACGUGCGGCCUAGGCGUGGCGUCCGCCGCUACGGCUGUGAUGGUUUGGGUCUCCCACCUUACCAGGCAAGCCAGGCUCUUUUCAAGGCGGCGCAGACUAACGGUUCCAUCUAUGGGCAUGGAGGGAGGGACUGCGCCUAGUCAAGACAAGCUACCUACUGGGCGAUUUGAACAAAAACCAAUACUUCUGCUCUUUAAGGUGUUUUCCCCAGAGCUGCACCAGCCACGUGCGAUUUCUAUCAACUCGGCAGCCGUUGCUCAAGCUCAUCAUGCGACUCGAUUUGCAAGUCGCGCAGUUGCUGCUGUUGCUGCUUUCCUUUGUUUCCGUUGCUCACUCGGCCGCGAUCGAGGGUAACCUAGAGAAGGCUUUGUCCCAGUUGCCUGAAUGUGCAUUCUCUUGUUUUAAAGAUGCUAUCGGCCUUUCUACCUGUGUUGCGGGGAACACGACAUGCAUCUGCAAUGACGAAGUUGUGACCAGCAGCAUUGUAACCUGCGUCAGGGGGGCAUGCUCAAUCAACGACCAGCUGGUGACACUCAAGGUUAGCAAAGACGCAUGCAGCCAAGCCAGCCGCGACAACACGGUGGAGAACCGGCGUGUAAACUGGGCCAUGAUCGCCCUCUGCACGCCAUUUGCUAUCCUCAGACUGCUGUCCAAGGUCGAGUUCCGGUGUAACAAGAUCGGGGGAGGCUGGCUCCCGUCCAUGCCCGAGGCCGGCUGGGAUGAUCUGUGCCUCUUCCUGGCCUGGUGCUGCACCAUCGUCAUGGGCAUCAUAAUAGGGGUACCCCUGGAGCAGGCCGCGCUGGGUCGCGACCUGUGGACGUUGUCAAAGCAGCAGCUUAUCGACACUGGUUACUGGAUUUAUGUCGCCGAGCCCAUAUACAUGUCCAGCCACGCAUUCCUCAAAGCUUCCUUCUUGUUUUUUUACCUGCGCGUCUUUGGGCUUGCCGGCUCCGUAUCGUACUUCUUUGGCCUGUGUCCCAUGAGGCCUCUGCUUCUGGGUACGCUGUGGGUGAACCUAGUGAUUUCUAUCAUUCUCGUGGGCCUUUCUAUCGGCCAGUGCUCACCGAUCAGUUACGCCUGGACUCAGUGGGUGGAGGACGGUCCUGGUACCUGUAUUCAAUCCGGAAAGCUCCUGUGGGCGCAGGCAAUCUCGAGCAUGUUGCUAGACUUUUGGAUCCUAGCCCUGCCUCUGUCCCAGAUUGCUAGAUUACAGAGAUCCUUACCCACCAAGUUGGGUGUCGCUGCUAUGUUUUCUCUGGGUAUCAUCACCACGGCCGUCAGCAUAGUCCGGGCCAGGAUCCUUGACACGACCGCCACUAGCGACAACCCCGGCAUGAUGCUAGCCAACAGUGCCACCUGGAGCAUGGUCGAAUCCUCGGUCGGGAUAGUAUGCGCCUGCCUUCCCGGAAUGCGCAAGUUCAUCGUCCGCACCAUACCACAGGCAUGGAGCUGGGCCGGUCGCAGUCUUGGAAGUCGCACCUCGGGCUCGACCGACGCCCAACGGCAGCAGCAGCAGGACCGCCAUGCCCCGCGUAGCUCGGUUCCCCGAAGGCUGCGGAAGAUGAGCGGCAGCCUGCUCGAGUCCACCGUCAUGGGGGCUGACGAUCACCACCACGACGCGCCCUACAAGAGGGUCUCGGAUGAGGAAAUGUCUUCCAGAAAUUCGACAGUGACGACGACUACAGGGUUCAAGAACAGCGAUAUCGAGAGCUAUGCCAUGGAGGACAUGAAAACAGGGCACGAGACGGAUCAUAAAACGAACGAGUCGACUGUAAUGUUUUCCGGGGGUAACGACGCACGUCUUUCCCGCCCUUUCAGCGCGUCUUUGCCGUCCCCUCUCGGCAAGGAUAACACCGGUGCCGAGACCAUGAGCCUGCCCGCUUCGCCACGCAUAUGGAUCAAACCGGGCUCGUUCAAUAAUUAUAAUCCCCAGGGAGAUGAAUCUGGGAGUUCUCUUCCUCGUUAAUGAUGGCCAACUAAAGCUGGAAUUGCUCCGAUGGAAAGCUCGACCAGGACUUAUCAAUCUCUCGAGGUGGUCAGUCAAGCUCGAAGGCAUGGGCUGCAUGCUGCGUGGAUGAAUGGGCUUCGGUUGGCUGGAAAAAAUGCUAAGAAACAACGCAUGACGAACAAUUGGUGGCAACAAACAAGAACGCGGAGCAGCGCCUGAUGGACCGUUGGAAAGCGGAAGUAUGCCGAAGCGUCCGAGUCAAGUAGGGGAUUCAAGCAGCGCUGCGGCUUGCUGAGAGGAGUAAAACGGUCGAUUCAUAUGAGCGACGAGAGGUUGCGACGGUGCCUCGUAUGGAAAUUCGGAUUCAUACAGACAGCCCGCUUCUCGAUGGUUGCUAAACAUCAGUCUCGACGUCUUUCUUGGAUCAUGGAUGGCACACCGCACGACGCCGGCGGAUUCCUUUCGUCCACAUUCUUGGUAUUUCAGUUGGCCUCGGUCACGGUACAUUAGAGCCUCCUGUAUGUGGAAAAGGAGCGAAGGUGGUGGUCUUGUCGCCGUUGGAUACAAUCAGAGCAGCGGCGACUAGUUCUUUGCGGACCCAGAGGUUCGCGAUCACAAAUGUUCAAGGGAGACUGUGGGCAUCGUGUUCAUGAUCUUCAAGUGUAUGAUUUACGUGGCUGGAGAUGUACUAAAACUGGCGAGUGUUUGCGAAUGAAAAACGGUGCGGUACAAGGUAGCGACGGCGUUCAGCAUGUAGAAUUAGGGCUUUCAGUCUUCACAAAACUUGGGGUUCCCGGGUUGGAACUAUAAUAGAUAUGCUGG